AUGCAAUCACCAUCUACUCGCCGCAUGAUGGAUGCUGCAGCUACUAAUAUUAUAUUAUUAUCAAUAACAAAUGUAAAUGCACAAAUCAAAUGUAUAUCACCUGGUGGAGACAAGGUAACAUGGUGGUUAGCAAGAAAACUACCGUUUACACAAAAGUAUAUCUAUUGGAGUAGUGCCAGCAAUGAUAUUCAGGUGUACAACUCGAUUAGUGAUGAUGACAGUUGUCUCGGACGUACACUCGACCAGCUGACAAACACUGUCAUUGCAAACACUUCGUCUACAGGGACCGCCUAUUUGGCAUUCAAUAAUGAACCAUACUAUGACGACGGCUCGGGUGACAUUGCACCUGCAAUGAUGGGUGUUCUACCCUUAGAUACACAACAAUGGGGAAAGGGUCUACUCAUCUACCGAAAGGAGCAAGGUGGAGGUGUCUUUAUCAAACAUUCUCUGCCAUCGUUUCCCAUCCCUAUCAGAGGGUCUAUCACAUCUGUCAAGAAACCAUCAGAUAAUCCUAAUGGAUUAUGGUACCCUAAAGAGUAUUUAGUCGGUACACCACCACUAGAGUUUGAUCAACAAGAUGAUGUAUCUCUUGGUCACUCGUUUAUGUGUGCACCCAGUGCCCCGAUUGCCGAUAUGGCCGAUAUCAUCAAGUAUGGGUAUCCACAUGUCUAUGCCUCUAAUCUCGGGCUGGCACCUACCGCCAUUCCAGAACUAGACACUAUUAUUCGAAAUGAUCCAAUCAACUCUUAUUCAAGAGCAACGUCGACUGUCCAAUUCUAUUAUAUUGGUGCACUUGGGUUCCCAGGAUUCUAUAGUACUGCUCCAAACUUUAAUGUUACUAUUCCAAGCAGAUAUAAUAUUAAAAGUAGUAUUAAUGCAAUCACUGAAAUAAGAUUACCAGAGGAUUUUAUCAAACAAUACAAUAUAUCAAGAUCACUGGCUCAUUGGAGUAUGGAUGUUGAUAUGUCACGUCUAAUGUUUUCAAAGGAUCAAAUUUGUAUUAUGGAUUAUACAAAUGAAGGUAAUGGAAAUUAUAUGCUUUGUGUAAUUGGGUUACCAUUUAAUGAUAAAGGAAAACCUUGGUCACAGUUUAUUCAACGAUCAACUGUCAGGUAUAUUACUGGUUGUGUGGGUACAUCAUGUUCAACCAAUCAAUUGCUAGUCAACUUUUUAACAACGUUUAGUGGAAAGGUAUUGUUUGAUAUUAGUGCAUUCACCACCAACUCUGAUGCCGAGCAAAUUGGUGAUAUUAGAUCAUAUGCAAGACUUGUAGAAACCACCUUUUUACCAAAUACAACCAUUACCAUUGGUAGUAGUGAUGUGCAAGCAUGUGACGAAACAUGUUUGAGUAGAUUCUCUGAAAGAUAUAUCUACCAAACAGACUCUACCGGUUUAUUGCAUUUUGAAAAAGCAAUGGAGAAAUCAAUACUCUUUUCAUUACAAUUGUCAAGUAGUAGUAAUGGUGGUACUGGUAGUGUCAGUGUCUACUGGAAUGAUAAUAGAGAAUCUCCACAACUCGUAUCAAUUCCAAUCGAUCGUUCAACAGGAGUUGCCAUAGUUGGCAGUCAAUCGUCGUUGACCUAUGCCAUAUUUAUUUACAAGGUAUUAUGUAUCUUUGAACCAAUUCGUCAACAAUGGUUAAGUACUAGUAGUGGUGUUGGUAUUAAUAUAUCAACUGUUCAAGUUCAUCUUGACCGUAUCAAUCAUAUUGGCUAUUUUGUUGAUGAAUCAGUUUGUCCAUCGUUUAGUAUUGCCGAACCAUACUCUAUCGAAUCGUUUAUGCGGUCAUACUCUUGCCAACUUAUUGUCGCUGCAUUGGUUGGCAAUCAAGGAGCACUGACAUCCCAACCCAUUACUUUUCCUCCAACUGACCCAGUCGAUACACUAUCACCAAACAAACAAAUGGCAUUGAUCAAAGCUCUUGUAAACGUUGUCACUAUGAAACUUCGAGAACUUUCAUUCCCAACCAUCAGUCAAUCAACAAGACUAUCAUUAAUUUAUAAUUCAGAAUCAAUCAAUUUUGAAUCAUUUAAUCAAUUAAAAAAAGAUAAAACAUUAUAUUCUGAAGGAUGGAUAACAGCUUAUCUUUGGGAUUUAUUGGAUGAAAAUAAUGAAGAUAUUCAAGAUGGGUAUCUCAAGAGAUCACCUUUUUAUGAUGGCAAUAGAGGUAAGACUAUCUCAUUGGAAUUGUUGUUAGCAACAUUGAGUAGUUUUUCAUCAUCAUCCUCUUCAUCUUUAUCAACGAUUGAUAUUUUAUCAUUUACCGAUCGAUUAAUUGAAAUGGUUCCACACAAUGAUAAAUCAACGGUCAUCCCAUUAAUCAAACGUAAUAUGGUUUACAAUUACAUUUAUGAAUGUCAUUGGUGUAAACAAACCAAUUAUACUGGGUUGACAACAGGUGGUGGUACCAACAUUAUUGACCCAGUCACCAAGAUUCUAUUGGAAAAGGGUGUUUGUGAAAACCAAUUGGUCGAUGAUGAAGCUGCCGAGUUAUCUUUGACUCGGUUGAAAAAGACAUUAAUGAAUUGGGUAUCCAACCAAAGUAAUACUAAUACUGUCCUCGAAUGGUCAACCAAUCGAGGAUUGGUAUUCCUCUACUCUGAAACAUUCAAACAAAUGUUAAAGACUAGUCCAUUGCUCCAAUCACUUGUUCAGGCUGUCGACCCUACUCUGUGUCACUUCCCAUUGAUUGGUGUGGCUAGUGGUGAUGUGUCUGACGAACAAGCAGACAGCUACCCACUCACACCAAUGGCACUGGAUAUUAUCACAAAGAUAAUGGUCGCACAGACGAGUAUUGCCAAUAUCGUUCAACACUACAACCAAGAUGUCACCUCUUACUAUGUCGAGAGAACUGAAUCUGACAAUGGCCAAGGUCUAGGUAUUAUCACAUACAAGAAACGUCUCUGUAGCUUUGCCAUCAUGACUCGUCAAGAAUUUGACAUGGGAACGUUUAUAUCUACUUGUCCAACCGGUUCACUAGUUAGAACAAUCCAAGUUUUGAAUAAUGGAUCUAUACCAACUUGGUCAGAAAAUAAUAGUGUCAUUAUUACAGGUCGUAAUUUGGAUGAUCUUAUUGUCCAAUUAUCACAAGAUUAUAUCAAAACUAAUUAUAUUGGUAUUAGACCGUCGACCGAUGAUGCAAUUAUCGUCGACCAAGAAACUGGCGAACAAACACUGACUGUGUCGUUUGGUUCUGGUGUUGAAGGUGGUGCAGAUAGAGUAUUACCAGAAGAAUCACGUCUUCAUCUUGCAGUUGGUGACCAAUUAAAAUUUAAAUAUGCUCCACCUACCAUUGACUCUGUAUCAAAUAUCAAUAGUAAAUUGGAUGCAUUUGGACAACUCAUCACAAUCGUUGGCAAUAACCUUCUCACUAGUAAUGGUGACAAUAUCAACUAUACCUAUAUUUAUCUCUAUGUUGAUAAUGUUCAAAUGGAAAUUAACCAAGUUUCACACAGCGUUGAUACUAAAGAUACAAUUAUUUUUAAAACAAAUAAUACUGGUUUAAAUAGAAAAUUAAAAUUAAUAAUUGGAAAUCAAAAAGAUAAUCAAUUGAUUGAAUAUAUUUUAAAUUUUAAUGAACCAAUUAUCAAUUCAAUUUCAGUGACUAGUGGUAUGACAAGAGGUGGUUACGAUGUAACAAUUUAUGGUAAACAUUUUGGUGUUGUUGAUGAAAGUGCUCAAAUCAGUAUUGGUAAUCCCAACACUACCUUUACCGAGUGUGAUGAUAUGUUUAUCAUUGAUGAUCAAACCAUUGUAUGUGUUACACCUGGAAUUGCUUCAAAGGACAUGCAAUUUGUCAUUGUAGUGGCCAACCAAACAAAUGACCCAUCCCUCUAUCCCCCAUCAGCCCUCUUUUCAGCAUACAGACCAGUUGUCGAUCACAUCAUUUAUUUGCCAACCAACACGUCCAAUGUUGAUGCCAAGUUUUGGAUAUUUGGUCGUGAUAUUGGUGUCUACUCUGGUAUUUUCCCAAAUAUUACCAUUUUUGGUGAAAUUGAUAGCGCCGUGUUGACAUGUGAACCUGAUGCAACUCAGUACAUGAACAAACAAUACUACACUGACGAUGACCCAGAGAAUCUAAUUGAAACACCAACCAAUACAAGCCAUCCAUACGACCCAAUCAAUGGCGAGUAUGAACCAUACCUCCAACUCGAUGUUACCUACCGUACAACCGUGGAUUUUGAAAGUAUUGUUUGUUAUUUUGGUCCAGGUUACAGUAACAUGAUCCGUGUUCAAGUUCAAGCUGAAAAUCAAAUAUCCGAUCCCUCAUUGGAACCAUUUACCUAUUUACCACCAGUUCUAUUGAAUGUUACAAAAAGUAUUGUCAAUGACACAUAUUAUAAUGUGGAAUAUAGUACUGAUGGAGGUGAAAAUAUUACAUUUAUUGGAUACAACUAUAUUCCAAUGGAAUACUUUACAAACGAUGAAACCUAUAUCGACUUUUACAACAUUCAAGCCGAGGAAUAUGGAUCGUGGGUUGAAAGUAUUUGGAAUCAUACAUUGUCCAAUGUAACCAUUGGACAUACCCUACUCGACAAUAUCACAUUCCAUAAUAGUACCGAAAUUUAUGGUAUCGUUCCACUUGGUAUUGGAGCCAAUCUACCUAUUCAAAUUAUGAUUGGUAAUCAGUCUCUUGUAGGAGACCACAGUAUUACAUUUAGUUAUAGUAAACCAAAUGUUUCACUUGUCAACUCGGUCGAUACUAUCGGUGGAAAUGUAACGAUUUUAGGAUCAAACUUUGUGCCACUUGGAUACAACUUGUCAACACUCGAUAGCAAUACCACCUUUAUCAUGAUAAAUGGAACCAUUAGAUGUGCUUUGGAGCAAUGGGUAUCAUCAAACCAAGUCAUAUGCCAAGUGUCACCAGGUCUUGGAAAAGAUUUGAGUCUAUUGGUUAUGAUUGGUAAUCAAUCAAACAGCGAGAGCGGUGUAGACUUGUUCUCUUUCAAUGCACCAAAUGUCACAUCGCCAAUUGACAAUGUUUCAACCGAUGGAUCUUCUGUUAUUACAAUCAAAGGCAAUAACUUUGUUCCUCAAAAUGUUGAUCCUCUAGACUCUACCAUAUUAAUUGAUAACGCUACCCAUGUGCAAUGCCAAUCAAUCGAAUGGGUUGAUCAUCAAACCAUCGUUUGUCAAAUACCCUAUGGUGUUGGAUUAAAUCAUCCUCUAACUAUUCACAUUUCAAAUCAAUCCACUAUAGUUUAUUUUAAUUAUGCCAAACCCACUUUAAAUGAGAUUUAUUUUGAAGGAAAACAAGGUGAUAAGAUUACAGUUCUUGGUAAUCAUUUUGUACCUAUUGAAAUGGUUGCAGAAAUGAAUUCACUAUUGAAUGGACAAAAUGAUAGUUAUUCAGUUACGAUCAAUGGCCAAAUCUGCAAUAAUGUUAUUUGGAUUGAUUCUCACUCAUUGGAAUGUACCGUACCAGAUGGUUCGGGUGAAGGAUUGUCAAUUGAUGUUACAGUGGCAACCCAAAAGAAUGAUGUAAAUCAAUACUUCUCCUACAAACAAGAUUCAAGUAGCAGUCAGGAAGGUAGUAGUGAUAGUGGUGAGGACUCAACUACAACCACUACAACGACAACAUCGGAUGGAUCCUCGACUACAGGUGGAUCUCAAUCCACAACUACUACAUCUGGUGGUGCUACAACUGCCGGAGGUGCCACUACUGCUGGAGGUGCUACAACCACAACCACUGGAGGUGCUACAACUGCUGGAGGUGCCACUACUGCUGGGGGUGCUACAACUACUACAUCCGCUGGGGCAACAACCGCUGGAGGUGCCACUACUGCUGGAGGUGCUACAACCACUACAACCACUGGAGGUGCUACAACUACUACAACCACUGGAGGUGCUACAACCACUACAACCACUGGAGGUGCUACAACUGCUGGAGGUGCCACUACUGCUGGAGGUGCUACAACCACUACAACCGCUGGAGGUUCUACAACCACUACAUCAGUUGGCGCCACAACCGCUGGUGCUACAACUGCUGGUGGUGCCACUACCGCUGGAGGCGCUACGACAGGAGGAGGUGAUGGUGGAGGUGACGGUGGAGGUGACGGUGGAGGUGAUGGUGGAGGCGAUGGUGGAGGUGACGGUGGAGGUGAUGGUGGAGGCGAUGGUGGUGCCACUACCACUGGAGGUGUUACGACAGGAGGUGGUGAUGGCGGAGGCGAUGGCGGAGGCGACGGUGGAGGCGAUGGCGGAGGUGAUGGUGGUGACGGAGGUGAUGGUGGCGGUGACGGAGGUGGUGAUGGAAGUGGAAAUACGACAGGUGGCAGCGAUACAACUGGAGGUUCUGCCACAACCUCUGGUGCUACAACUGCUGGUGCUACAACUGGAGGCACUGCAACAACCGCUGGUGCUACAACUGGGGGCACUGCAACAACUGCUGGUGCUACAACUGAUGGAGGCUCUACCACGACUACUGCUGGAGGUGCCACAACUGCUGGAGGUGCUACAACUGCUGGAGGUGCCACAACUGCUGGAGGUGCCACAACUGCUGGAGGCGCUACGACAGCUGGAUCCACAACAGGAGCAACUACAACAGGAUCCCAAACAACUGGAGGAAGUGGUGAACCAAUUGGAAAAAUUCAAGGUGUUCUUUUCCAUGAUGCCAUUCCAAAUGGAAUAUAUGAUGUAGGAGAACUAACAUUUAGAGGCAUCCAAAUUAUCUUGUCAGGUGCCAUAGACUCAACAACCACCACAGAUCAUAAUGGAAGGUACGAUUUUGAAUUACUACCAACUGGACAAUACACCAUUACGAUCUCACAAUCACUAUAUCCAUACACCAAUGUGAAUGUUCCUUUAUCAGCCACAAUCUCCUUUACAGGUGAGACUGUCACUCGAGAUAUUGCAGUAACAGCAAAUUGCUAA